AUGUUUCACUCCACCAUCCAAGGCAUAGCCGCAUGUGCCCUUCUGGCCACGACCCUCGUCGGCGCGGCACCUCUCUUACAGACCGCGGCAACGAUGACAAAGCGUGACACAGCCGAGCGCUACAUCUUUGCCAACUGCAUCAACAAUGUUACCUCGGCAGGCUACGCAGCCAUCUUUUGGUACUAUCCCGACUUUUUGCCCGACUUCCCGGAACCUCAGGACACGGCAUACGUCAACAAUGCCACGACGGUCGAUUUUGCCGGCACCACCGUCUCGGUCAGCUCGCCUUUUACGCUCAAGGCCGUGCUUCCCGCCGACGCUGCCACCGCUGCUGAGGGCGACAUUGUGUCGACGGAUGCCAGCGCGUCGUCCUUUGCCGGGCCCAUGGCGGUCGUCAAGGGUAGCGGUGAUGUCUUUUAUAUCCCUGCGACUAAUGUCAACUGCUAUGAGGAGUACUGGCAGCGCGAUAACCAGCCAGUUGAAGACCCUUGA